AUGGAUCAACAUCCGCUGUUACUAACAAAUGAAAGCAUUCAUGAUAGUGGCAUAAUUGAGGAUGUUCAUCAGGAAUCAGAGGACACUGGCAAUGAGGAGUAUGGUGAUGAGAGUAAUUUGGAGUCCAAUCUGCGACGUAGAAAAGGAAAAAUAAUUUCAUGCGUAGAAAAUGCAUCCAGACUGAUUCGACGGCGAGUGCCUUGCGCGGGACAUUUGAUGACACCACGGCGGCUAUGGUUGAACAAGAUACCCACUCAGUGUGAUGUAGUUAUCGAGUUUCCAGAGGAUGCCCCGGACGAUGCACUUCGAUGGCUGCUUAAUAAGAUUAAGGCAACCCCACCAGAAGGCUUAGGUUUAUCGGCGCUGGUGAGAGCACACGACAGUACAAAACGAACCGCUUUCUAUGUCACCGCUCCAAUGAAUGUGUUGUUUAAAGCAGCAGAGGAAGCACGUCUGCCGAAAAGGCUUCGCAUGGAUCUCGGUGGGGCUUUAAAGGAAUUUACCAAACGAGAAAGUCAUUGUUUUGCUCAGACCAAAGAUAGCGAAGGCUCGAAUACGUUGUUUACGUCUCAGGAGCGACAAUGGCUGGUGUUGCAGGUGCUUCAAGGACUAAGAGCUGGAUUGUCGGAUUUGAAAAUUCUAAAGGGACGAGCGCAUGUUGAAGAGGGUCAAAGUAUAGUGGCUGCCUGGCAGGAACUGGGUCUGAUAACACAAGUGUUUCCCUUACACGAAACAAGCGCCUUACAACAAUUGCAGUCGAGUUGGGUACGAAAGUUUUUCGCACCACAACCCUUAGAUGAUAUCGCAGCCUAUUUUGGAGUAAAGGUGGCUCUAUAUUUUGCGUGGCUAGGACAUUAUACAUGUGCCCUGUGCGUUCCGGCCGUUCUUGGAUCCAUAUUGUACGCUGGUCUUUGGGGACGAGGGCAGACAGCACAAGAUAUAGGGCAUGUAAUUUUUUCUUUGUUCAACGUGGCCUGGGCAUCGUUGUAUCUGGAAGCCUGGAGGCGGUAUUCCGUCGAAUUGGCUUUUCGUUGGGGAACACUUUCCACACCGCCAGAGUUACUAGAACCACCAAGGCCGUUAUAUAAGGGACAUUUGGAAGAAAGUCCUGUUACCGGUCGGCUGGAGCCUCGUGAAACUCCCGCAUGGCAGCGUCGAGCGUUUCGCUAUCUAGUUAGUUUUCCAAUAAUUGGAUUAUGUUUAGUGCUAGUGUUUGUCGUGAUGUUUCUGAUGUUACAACUUCAGGAUUGGCUCGAUCAGCACUUACCAAAUUCCAACGGUGGCCCCUGGGAUUGCAUGUGCAUGGCAUCGAAGGAUUGGUGGGAUGAGAAACUCCCGGAGCAGGGUAUUUUUAGCUGCCUGAGUGUGAUACCGAAAGUCCUGCUAGCCGGCGCCAUAACACUGAUGGAUGAAGCAUACUAUAAAUUGGCCGUCUGGCUGAACGAUAAAGAAAAUUAUCGACUUCAGUCUAAAUACGAAAACCAUCUAAUUGGUAAGGUGGCAUUGUUCCAGUUUGUCAACAGCUUUCUGUCGCUUUUCUACAUAGCCUUUUAUCUGCGCGAUCAGGAUAAGCUGAAGGAGCAAUUGGCAGGUUUGCUUAUAUCACGUCAAAUAAUCGGCAAUCUGCGGGAAUCGGCCUGGCCCUACCUGGUGGAACAAUGGAAACUAGCCAAGCUAAGCUUCAAAAUGUGGGGUGCACUAAGCCCUACACAGGAGGUUCCACCAGCGACAGAUGCAAGCAAACUAGUGGGUGACAGCAAGAGUUCCUCAGAUUGCACAACAUCGACACCGAAACGAUCCAUUGGCCAGGCGGAAAUCGAAAGCUCCUUGUACAAAUACGACGGAACCUUCUCUGACCAUUUGGAGAUGCUUGUUCAAAUGGGAUAUGUCGUUUUGUUUUCCGCUGCCUUUCCCUUGGCCGGAUUAUGUGCCUUGGCUAAUAAUUUGCUGGAAAUUCGGUCGGAUGCUUUCAAAUUAGCACAUGUACAUCAGAGACCUUUCGGGCAACGAGUUGCCAAUAUUGGUACAUGGCAGAAUGCUCUGGGCAUGCUGGGACUAGCAGCUGUGAUAGUAAACUGUGCUCUAAUAGGUUUAUCCGGUCAAGUUUCGAGGCUUUGGCCUGGGCUUACUUCCACGCAGACCGUCAUAUUGAUAGUUGCAUUGGAGCAUGUGAUGUUGGCCCUACGUUCGGCCUUGACCUGGCUUCUGCCGGAGCUUCCAUCCUGGCUCGCAGCGGAAAUAGCACGUGCGGAACACUGUCGGCGGGAAAUGCAGUGUAAAGGUCCAUCCCCUCGACAAACUCCACCAUCGCCACCGUCAUCAACUUCUCUAUCUCAUCAUGACCCUGAUUUCAACAGCAGUCAAGAUAUAUAUGAUAGAACCGAGCAAUUAGUUGGCAGAUUUCACAUCUCCUCUAGUCAUGAUAAUCAAGCGAAUGAUUUGGAACGACUUGCCAUGAGUGAUGUAGCGGCCAAGUUGGACAACUUAAAUAGUCAGCAACAUCAGCAGCAACAGCAACAGCAGCAGCAACCCCAACCGCAUGUGCAGUCGCAAACCCAAGCGCCGCUGCAUCACGGCAUUCUCCAACACAAAAAAGAAUCGCGCAGCAGUAAUGACAAUAUCGAUAUGUUUACCACCGAAACCCGAGAGGUUACUCCAGACUCACCGAUUUCACAGACCAGCACAGUAUUCUUACGACCUCUUCAAGACUCUCCUCUUAGUGGUCAAUCGGCACAAACUGUUGCAUUAGAAUCUACACAGCCAAACUCAGGUGCAUGUCGAAAGAAGCCAGAAAUAAAACUCGCUGAAAUUCCGCCAUUCCGUGGACAGUCGAUGAAGCACAGUUAUAGUAUUUACGAUAAGCGAAGCAUCAAUCUUGGUGAAACCAUCAGCCCUCGGGUAUCUUCGCCGCCAAUCCAGAUCCCGGAGAUUCCACCCUUCCGCAAGCAAGCGCACUCUACUAUACACUCACCAGUGACUCAGAGUCCACAGAACAUUUCCUCCGCUAAUCCGUCGCCGCCCAGAAUAGCAGAGAUUCCACCAUUCCGGCCGCGUAAUAAGUCGAAGGACUGGAUGCCCAACAUCGAGCACACCGAACAUCAUCUAACGAUUGGGCCUAGCGGCGGGGCGGAGUGGGCCAAACGUUUGAAGGCAGCAGAUCCUUCCAUUAUACACAGAAGCACCGAUUGUAUCGUGGCAAAGCAACAAGAACUAGCCACGGGAUCGGAUUCGGAACUGCUAAAGGCGGCUCCAUCGUGGAGCAACAUGACAUCGAAAGCUCCGGAACAGGCCGGAACAAGUACAAGUGCUCCAUCCGUAAAAACUCAAACCGAGGAGGAAGCUAAAGCUGCUGCCGAGCUAGCUGCAAAGAAAUCGCGACUUAAGCAAAGCUUAGUGAAGCGAGCCCGAUCUGUGGCGAUCUUUUCUCUAAAAUUAAAAGAACAACGAGCGAAGCGUGCCGAAAAGGCAGCUCAGGAAGCAAGAGAAUCCUUACCAGCGCCACCGCCUGGUGGUGAGUUGUCAUUGAUACCGAUUGAACAGUUGAUCCAGGUUGAUGAUGUUUUGAAUCAGCGAAACCAGAGUUUGCAGCACUCGCACGGGGGCAGCAGCAACAAUAAUAAUAACGGCUCAGGGCAUUCGUAA